AUGUACGAGCUCAGAAAAACUACAGUAUGUGAUCCGCACUCUAACCGAAACGCCAGCUCUCAUUCAAGACUAGGAGAAAGACAAAAGCAACAUAUGCAAGCUCUUGAGACGCUCUUGACUGCUCAAAACCACUUGACUCACGAUGAAUCAACACUGAUAAAAAGUGGAUGCUCACCAUCAAAUCCUGGCGCUAUGACCGCAAUCAGCCCUUCCCAGGACACUAGAGGCUCUCUCUCAAGACACGACCCAUCAAGCCAAUCGGAAGCUUUGGCAUUAAUCGCAAGAUAUGCCGCUCGUACCAAUGAGUCUAUCCGAGCAAGAGUGGAAUCCGGAGAAAUCACGAUCGGGGAUAUCCUACAGGCUGGGCUGAAUGAAUUAGACCGGCAAUCAACACCAACCUCAUUAGCUCAUGCCGAAAUUCCUUCAAAUCUAUCAUGGGUCCCUGGCCCACGGACGGACAAAAUUUUGGUUCCAAGCAACCGCAUGCAGGUGCAUCAUCAUUCACUGCCAGAUAUUUACGCCAAUAAUUUCCGCUGGAAGCAAUUCUCUACCGUCGCUGCAAUUCGAGCAAAUGCAGAAUCUAUUGGAUUAACUUUCGAAGAGAUCACACAUCCUAAGUCGAUAUCACCAUUCUACUCUAGCACUCUUGCCAAAGACCAAAGCCAGGUUAUUUCAAUUCGCUCAACCGGGUUUCAGGGCAUAAAGCCACAUUUACGACCAACCGAGACACAGUUGAACUGUUUUCACCACCCUUGGCUCGAUAUUUUCCCGUGUCCCAUUUUCCGUGACAGAUAUAUUCACCUCGUAACUAUGGGCCCCUCGGUAUUCAACGCUGAUGAGUUUUGCAUGGACCUCCAAAACGGUGGCCUCAUUUGCUGGGGCUCACAAUCGGGUGAGAAGCACGAUGCAAGUGGAUCAGGGGCACCCUGGGAUAUGCGAAGCUGGGAAGCUCAACCUUGGUUUCUUAAGAAAUGGUGGUUCGUUCUUGGUGGAGAGGAGGGCGGCUUUUUCCAGCAAAGUCGAUGGUGGCAUGAAAGCAGAGGCGAUCAGCUGCCCUAUUUUUGGUGA